GGCAGCCGCCUGCGCGUUUUAAAGGGCGAGCAUGGCGGACGCUACACGGCUGAUUCCGGCACUUAAGCACGUCGUUACGCACAGACAUCGCAGGCUGACCACACCUAAAGGGUCGCUCGGCCGCGUGGAAAAAAUAAGGGCAACGCUUACGGCCCUUUUCAAGCACGAACGGAUCGAGCUAAACCACCCACGGGCGGACGAAGUGCGAGGAUAUGCCGAGCGGCUGAUUUCAGAAGCGAUUCGAUAUGGUGACUGCCAUGCAAGGACUAUGGAGCUUGCGGACUACUGGAUAAACGAGAAGCAGUUGGUGCACAAGCUGUUCAAGGUGUUGGCACCACGCUUUGCCACCUACGAGGGCUCGUACACGCGAGUGCACAUACUGCCCACACCCUUCAACGACAAGUUCAACAGCAUGGAGCCGGGACCCUACUACAAGCACAACUGGGUAGCCCUGGAGCUCAAAGGCAACCCGUAUCCUCCAAUGCCCGGAGCCGUGCCUCGCAACCCAAACUUCCUCCCAAACUUGUUGUUGUCCGAGGCACGCAAGGACAUACAUCGGAUGCAGUUCCCGGAGAAAGUAGCUCCUGCCCCACCGCCCGAACUGGGGACGUCCUUGGUGACCAAGAGGUCGUCUCUAAGAACCGUGAUUCCACCUGGAGGUACUCCGCCGGCCAAGUAGAUAGUGUAACGAUGUAAAUAAACUGUGAUAGCGCUUAGUAAAAUACCUUUUCUGUUUG